AUGAGUUGGUGUCAAAGAACGCCUACAAUUUCUUAUAUUUCACAAGAACAAAUUAAAGACAUUGGGGGGACUGUUGAAUUGCAAUGUGCUGUACAAUAUGCUCAAGACUAUCCAGUACUUUGGAUUCGAAUCAACAGAAAUAGAAACAAUGACCCAUUGCCUAUUUCAAGUGGUAGUUCAUUGAUUAUAAAAGACACCAGAUUUUCUCUUCGACAUGAUGUUGCUAGUUCUACAUAUAUUUUGCAAAUUAAAGACAUUCAAGAGACUGAUGCAGGUUAUUAUCAAUGUCAAGUAAUUAUAGAAUUAAAUAAUAAAAUAUCAGCUGAAGUUGACCUACAAGUUCGUCGUCCUCCUAUUAUAUCAGAUAAUUCUACAAGAAGUUUGGUUGUGUCAGAAGGGCAAAGUGUAAAUUUAGAAUGUUAUGCAGGAGGUUAUCCUGCACCGAGAAUUUCUUGGAGAAGGGAGAAUAAUGCUGUGCUACCAACAGGUGGAGCCAUUUAUAAGGGUAAUGUUUUAAAAAUAGCAUCUGUUAAAAAAGAAGAUAGGGGUACUUAUUAUUGUGUUGCUGAAAAUGGUGUCGGAAGAGGUGCGAGAAGGAAUAUUGGUGUGGAAGUAGAAUUUAAACCAGUUAUAACUGUACCUAGACCAAGGUUGGGACAAGCUGUUCAAUAUGAUAUGGAUCUUGAAUGCCAUGUUGAAGCAUAUCCUCCACCUGCUAUAGUUUGGCUAAAAGAUGGUGUUCAACUUUCAAAUAAUCAACACUACUCAAUUUCACAUUUUGCCACUGCAGAUGAAUAUACAGACACAACACUUCGAGUGAUUACUAUUGAAAAACGACAGUAUGGACGUUAUACCUGCAAAGCAGCUAACAAACUGGGUACUGCCGAGGCACAAGUAGAACUUUUCGAAACUAUUAUACCAAUUUGUCCGCCAGCUUGCGGUUAUUCUCGUACCGGAGGAGUUUCGGCAGUGUCAUCGAGCAUGUCCAUAGUUUUUUUUGCAUUUUUCUUAGUAUUAGUGACUCAUUUAGUCUAG